AUGAGUGAAGAAGCCAUCUUGAGGAAGUUCGUAGCAGAUGGUGAUGGUUUUGGAGAAGACAAACGGCUACAAACAUUGUUUCUUCAGCUGAGGAAUUUGAAUCCAGAUGCAUUAAGCGAUUCAGAGUAAGGAUCUUUUUAAUAUGUUAAUGUUAACAUAAACGUUUUGAACUUUUUGGUGAAAAUUAUUAUAAAUUGAUUGUUACAUAAAGGUAAUCUUUAUUUUUUAGGGAAAUAAUUAAAAUCGAGAACACACUAGGAUUGGUGGAAUACAGUUUCGACAAACAGAGCUUGUUAUCAGAUCUGAUCUUCAAGGAAACAGACGCUUUGAAACAUUUGAAUACACAGAUUUGUAAGUUUUUUUAAAUUGUUUAUGAUUGAAAAGUUUAUGUAAAAUACGUCAAUCCUGUCCGAACUUGCUCCUAAUGUGGGACUUGAUUCUUCUAAAUUUAUAAUCACAAUCUAAUUUUCAGUCGAAAAGAUAGACCAACUGAAAGACCAAAUUGAUGUAGUGAAGGACGAGUUGAAAGAAGCGAAAGCAGUUAGGAAGAAUAAACAAGAAUACGACGAUGUAGCCAGAACGAUCAUUGAAAAGCCGUCACGGGAAGAAACGGCCGAAAACUUGGAGAAACUGCACGCUUCUCUCAAUGAUCUACAUGAAAAUCAAAAGGAAUUAGAGCUGAAGUUGAAUGAAAAGAGGUUAAAAGUGCAGGAAUUAAACAAUCUGCUUGAGGAGUUCAAAGAAAAGAAGCCUGAUGGUAAGGAAAAUAAUGUAAAAACAAAAGAAUGAAGAAAAAAGUUCGAGAAUUCCGUUUUUGAGGCUUCAAAUUGAUAUUAUAGUAGGUAAAACAGAAAAUUUGAUGUAAUAGAUCACCUUAUUACGUAGCCCAGUAAACCUAGUAUAAUUUUUAGUGUAAGAUCUAUCGAAUCAUCUUUAACUUAUAACAGACAUUGUUUUAGUUCUGAUGGAAGAAGUCCGAAUCUCGUCUCCAGAAGAAGACGACGACAAAAGCGAUCAAUCUGACGAUGAUCUUCGUGAUCGCAAAGCUGAUAAGAAGUUUAAAAAAGACAAUGAAGUAACGAUAAAUGAAACAAAAGAAGAAGAGGAAACACCCGAAUAUGAUAUUAAGGAUGAUCUACUGGAAGAAGAUCUCAAAGAAGAAAAUGAUAUUGAAGCUGACAUCAAGGAAGAAGAUGUUGAUGUCGAUCUCAAAGAAGAUGAAGAGCUUGUUGAUCUCGACAUAGCUAAUGACUGA